AUGAGAUUCGCCACCGUCAACAAGUUGCACGAGACGUUUCUUGAGACUGUGGAACCUGGCAUUAUUCUUGAAGCUAUUUUCUGUCUGGCACGAGCAGAGAGUCCAGCCCCCCCACCGUACACUCCAUAUGUUGACCCUCAAGUGACCGCCGAAUCAGGCGAUGUCAAGACCGAUGGUCGUAUCGACGUCAACCUGAACUCCAAACUCGCCAAAUCACUAGCCCAAAUCGCAAGAAAGGAACUGAAUGAGCUAAAAGACAACUAUCCACUGCCUCAACCAACAGAACCUCAAGCAUCACCAGUCUGCGACGUAAAGCUAAACAUCGUUAUUCAAAUAGUCGGCAGUCGCGGCGACGUCCAGCCCUUCAUCGCACUAGGAAAUGCCUUACAACGACACGGCCAUCGAGUCCGCAUCGCCACACACGGCGUCUUCGAGAAAUUCGUCAAGGACUCAUUCCUGGAAUUUUUCCCUAUUGGCGGCGACCCCGCACAGCUCAUGGCAUACAUGGUCAAGAAUCCCGGACUAAUACCGCAAAUGCAAACACUUCGCGAUGGCGAGAUCAAGAAGAAGCAGCGAAUGGUGGCGGAAAUGUUGGACGGGUGUUGGAGAUCUUGUAUCGCGGAUGAUCCUACCAGCCAGGAACCCUUUGUCGCUGAUGCCAUUAUUGCCAAUCCACCGAGUUUUGCCCAUGUGCAUUGUGCGCAGGCGUUGGGUAUUCCGGUUCAUUUGAUGUUUACUAUGCCUUGGAGUACGACGCGGGCGUUUCCUCAUCCGUUGGCGAACUUGAGUCAGAGUUUGAAUCCGGAGAUUAUGAAUACGACUACGGCUAAUUGGGUUUCUUAUGGGAUUGUCGAGUGGUUGACGUGGCAAGGGUUGGGCGAUGUUAUCAAUCGGUUCAGGUCCUCUAUUGACCUCGCAUCGGUUCCUGCUACAGAGGGCCCUUGUUUGGCGGAAGCUCUGGAAAUUCCAUUCACCUACUGUUGGUCGCCGGCAUUAGUUCCACGCCCAACUGAUUGGCCAUCAUAUAUCGAUGUUGUCGGAUUCUUCUUCGCUGAUACCCCUGACUAUACACCCCCUCCAGAUUUGCAGGAAUUUCUUCAAGCAGGGCCACCUCCUGUGUAUAUCGGCUUUGGCAGUAUCGUUGUUGAUGAUCCUCAAAAACUGAUCAAUACAGUUGUUGAAGCAGUUAAGCUAGCCGGCUCCACCACGGCGGCGCUGGAACGACGGCCUGCGGACUCCAAAACGGAAAGCCUACUACUAUUGUUCCAUUUUUUCGGCGAUCAACCCUUCUGGGGCGAUAUGGUUGCCAAAGCCGGCGCUGGCCCUGAGCCUAUCCCACAUAAAGACCUUGAGCCCGAACUUCUUGCCGUUGCAAUCCAAUUUUGCCUUACGCCAGAAGCAUCAGCAGCCGCACAGGAAAUUGCUAUCAAGAUGCAGGCGGACUCGGGCGUAUCCGCAGCAGUGGACUCAUUCCAUCGCAAUCUACCGCUCGACCGAAUGCGAUGUAGCAUCAUGCCCGACCAAGUCGCUGUGUGGAAGUAUAAGAAUGAGAAACACCGUUUAAUUUUGUCGAAGACAGCAGCAGAGAUCCUAAUCGAGCACAACAAAAUCAAUUCCGAAAAUAUCAAAUGUUACCCAGUCAACCCAAUUCUCAUAGUUAAUCGACGCUGGGACCCUCUAACCGGCGUCCUAUCCGCAGCAACAGCAACAGGCGCAAACAUGGCAAAAUCAACAGGCGAGAUGUUCUACAACCCAUACAAAGAAUUCAAACGUAGUCGCACAAACGCGACUGGCGAGCCAUCCGAGUCUCGAUCGCUCGAGGGCCGUCAGAAUUCCUUCGGGACUGCGGGCAGAAUGGCCGGUGCAGGCCUGCAAGGCUUUGGAAAGUUCUCCGGCACGUAUCUGCGCGGCGUGAUCGUUGACAUUCCACACGCGGCGGCCGAGGGAUUCCGACGUGCGCCGCAACUUUACGGCGAGAAGCCGAAGGAAUAUGGGCAUGUCUCGGAUUGGAAAUCGGGUAUUGCUGUUGGCGGGAAGAAUUUCGUUGGCGGUAUGGCUGGGGGUGUGGCCGGCAUGAUUACGGAGCCGUUGAAGGGUGCCUUGGAUGGAGGGAAGGAUGGUGCCAUCAAGGGCCUUACGAGGGGGGCGCUGGGGAUGGCGACGAAAAUGCCUUCUGCUUUCAUUGGCUGGCUCAUCCUUUCGGUCUUCCUCCGGUUCUAUCCUCUUCAGAUUCGGCCCAGCAACCUUGGAAACAGUCUCGGCACUAAACCAUCUCUGAAUUCUGGAAUUACCUCAUCCAAUAUGAAGAUCUUAAUCACUGGUGCCGCCGGCUUCAUUGGCCAACAACUUGCCAGAGAGCUCCUCAAGAAUCCAGAGAACAAACUGAUUCUGACCGACAUAUCGUACUUCUCUACCCCGCCUUCGUCAAUCCACCCCGAAAACGCAAUAUGCAUCCAAGCAGACCUAGUGAAAGAGCCCCAAGCUGUUCUUAUUGAGAAAGUGGAUGCCGUAUACAUUCUGCAUGGGAUCAUGUCAUCCGGCGCAGAAGCAAACCUCGAUCUGGGGCUAAAGGUCAAUGUCGACGCAACACGCAACUUGCUGGAUUGUAUCAGGAAGAAAGGACCGCAUACACGAGUUAUUUAUGGCUCGAGUAUUGCCGUAUAUGGCCGUCCUUUUCCUGAAAUAAUUACGGAAAAUGUGUAUCCUACGCCCGAGGGGUCCUAUGGCUGUGAAAAGGUAAUAUGCGAAACGCUCAUCAAUGACUACACUAGACGCGGGUAUAUUGAUGGGGUUUCGAUUCGCUUACCUGGAGUGAUUAUCCGACCGGGACCACCUGCUCAAGCUGCAAGUGGAUUUCUUAGCGGAAUUAUCAGGGAGCCUCUAGCAGGCAAGAAAUGCAUCGUGCCCACGAAAGAUCGGUCAAAGGCAUUCUGGGUCUGCUCGAUUAAUGAUAUAGUAUCGAAUUUAGCUUAUAUUCUUGGCUUUCCUGUUGAUAUAUUACCUUUGCAUAGGCGGGUUUUGAAUGCACCGGGUAUUUUGGUCACGAUUCAAGAGAUGAGAGACACGUUGGCGAAGGCCGCUGGCCAGGAAAUGUUGGAUUUUAUAGAGGAGGUCGAGGAUACCACCUUUGCGGAUUUGGUUCAAUCGUGGCCUUGUAAUUUUGAUGUUUCCUUGGCCGUCGGCAUUGGCCUCUCGACGACGGGGAGUUUUGAGGAUGCGGUGGAACAAUAUAUGCGAGGCCAUUGA